AUGAAUACAAGUGAAUUAGUGGAAUAUCAAUAAAAAGUAGAAGCAUACAUAAAAGAGCAUAAGAUGACUGAUUUAUUUGAAAAUCUGACAAGAUUGCUAGUAUUAUCAAAACCUUAGGAUCCUAUGACAUUCUUAAUAGAUGUGCUUGAAAAUAGAAGAAUGCAACGGCUUAUUUUAGUGACAGGUGUAGUAGCUACAACAAGAUAGGAAAUAGUAAUAUCACUUGCUAAUUUAUUUAAUUACAAAGUAAUCACUGUAGAAGAUCACUUUAAAUCUCAUUGGGUGAAUGAUGACUAAGUAAAUGAAUUCAUUCAUUCAGAAUUGAAAAAAACAGAAAAGCAUUUUAGAGGAAUUGUUAUAUCUGGAUAUCCUAAUAAUAUUAAAUAGGCAUAUUAUUUAUAAUCUUUAGGAAUCAUAUAAGAAAGGUAUAGUAAUCAUAAUAAUUCAUAUUUUAGAUUCUUUUAUUUAGAAAGUGAUAUAGAUUUCUGCAGAUAAUAUUAUGAAUAAAUAUCAUAAACCUAAGAAGAAGUCACUAAAGCAUUGACUAGAGAUAGAUUAAAUAAGAAAGAUCUAGAAUAUAUUUAUGGAUCUUAUAUGGAUAUAUUUAAUACAUCAAAAAGAACUAAAGAAGACAUUAUUGAAAAUAUUAAAUAGAUUAUUCGUUUAAGAGAUAGGAAGUUUCCUCCUCUUAGAUUUCCAAGAGUUGCAAUUAUUAGACCACCUGGUUUAAAAGAAAGAGCUAAUCAAUUAGCAUAAAUCUUUAGUAAAAGAUAUGGCCUAGUAUAACUUAUUACUUUUGAUAUCAUUUAAACAUAAAUUCAAAAUAAAGGAGCAUUAGGUCCGCUCAUUUAUAAUACACUUUAAAAUGAAGAAGAAAUACCUAAUGAUAUUAUGAAUAGUAUUAUCUAUACUGAAGUACUUUCUACUGAAGCUAGAACUAAAGGAUGGGUUUUAGAAGGAUUUCCAAAAAAUGAAGCAUAAUUAAAAUUCUUAGAAGCAUAACAUGUUAAUUUAUUUGUUGUUCUCAAUGAAGACGAGGAUGUCUUAAUUAAUAAAUCUAAAUAACUUAAAAUAGAUCCUCUCACUAAAAUUAAAUAUGAGAAAGUACCUUUAAAUAAUAAACCAUUAUUAGAUAGAUUAUCAAAUUUUUAAGUAAUUGUCAUUUUUUUAUUAAGAUUCAUAAUGAAUAAUUACUCAAAUCCAGAAUUACCAAAUAUCAAACAUUUGUUAAAUUAAUUGAACAGAAGUUUGGUGAACGUGUUUAAGUUUUUAAAUUAGAAAAAGAUUCCACUGAAAAUAUAAUUAGAGUUACAGAUGUUUUCUUAAAUAACCCAAAAAUUUAUAAUUGA